AUGCCUUCGGAACUCAGUACUACCAAAGUGAUUGUGCAUCCGCUGGUGUUGCUCAGCGUGGUGGACCAUUUCAAUCGUAUGGGCAAGAUUGGCAAUCAGAAACGCGUUGUAGGUGUUCUGCUUGGGUGCUGGCGUGCGAAGGGUGUUUUGGAUGUUUCGAACAGUUUUGCAGUUCCGUUUGACGAGGAUGACAAAGAUAAAUCGGUCUGGUUUUUGGACCACGACUACCUGGAAAACAUGUACGGCAUGUUCAAAAAGGUGAAUGCCCGCGAGCGUGUUGUAGGCUGGUAUCAUACGGGGCCAAAACUGUGCCAGAACGAUAUCGCCAUCAAUGAACUGAUCAGACGCUACUGUCCCAAUUCAGUUCUGGUAAUAAUCGAUGCUAAACCGAAAGAUCUGGGUCUUCCGACGGAAGCGUACAUCGCUGUGGAGGAAGUGCACGACGAUGGGUCUCCCACAUCGAAGACAUUUGAACACGUCCCUAGCGAGAUCGGCGCAGAAGAGGCCGAAGAAGUAGGUGUGGAGCAUCUACUGCGUGACAUUAAGGACACCACCGUUGGCAGUCUCUCGCAGAAGAUUACAAACCAGCUUCUGGGUCUGAAAGGUCUCAACGCUCAACUGCGAGACAUAAAAAAUUAUCUUCUCAAAGUUGGCAAUGGUCAGCUGCCGGUGAAUCAUCAGAUUGUGUAUCAGCUGCAGGACAUCCUGAAUCUGUUACCGGAUAUAGCACAGGAAAACUUCACCGAUACGUUGUACGUGAAGACAAACGAUCAGAUGCUUGUGGUUUAUCUUGCAUCGCUAGUACGAUCCAUCAUUGCUUUGCACAACUUGAUCAAUAAUAAGCUCACGAAUCGAGAUGCAGAAGAAGGUAAGAAGAGCGAUGACGCAAAGGAUAAAAAGACUCAGGAAAGCAAAGAUGCUGCGUCGGACAAGGACAAAACAAAAAAGGAUAGUGAGAAAGAUGGCAAGAAGGAGGACGCUAAAGCAGAGAAAGUGAAAGACGAGAAGAAGAAGUAACGUUAAUGUUGUAUUUUUCUGUUUAAGGAGCGUACUUUUUUCAGUAACAAAAUAAAUGAAAUUUAAAUGA